CGCGCCAACAUCAUCAUCAUCAUGUCGCUAAAAUCAAUACCACUCCAAUACAAAAACUUCAAUAUUUCUUUCCCAGACGAUCGCAUUGUGCUGGUCACAUUGAAUCGCCCCGAUAAACUCAAUUGUGUCGAUCAAACUACCAGCAAAGAAAUCGCUGAGAUUUGGGAAUUGUUUGAUCGAGAUGAGAGUUUGGUUGUCGGUAUCAUUACUGGAAAUGGGAGGGCUUUCUGCACUGGAGCUGAUUUGGGAGAGUGGAAUGAAAUGAACAGACGAGGCAUCGUCAACGACAUGUCUGCACCUGGUCUCGCAGGUCUACCUCGCAGAGCAGGCAAGAAACCCAUCAUCGCCGCAGUCAACGGUAUCACAAUGGGUGGAGGCUUUGAGAUGGUAGCGAAUUGCGAUCUCGUGGUUGCAGUAUCGUCGGCCAUCUUCUCUUUGCCCGAAGUCAAGCGUGGUAUUGUGCCAGUGGCUGGGUGUUUGCCUCGCUUGACGAGGACGCUCGGGCUUCAAAGAACCACGGAUCUCGUGCUUACGGGCAGGAAUAUCACGGCCAAGAUAUUGUAUGAUUGGGGUCUUGUCACGGAGCUUGUUGAUACACCUGAGGAAGUCGUGCAAGCUGCCAUCAAGACUGCUCAACUCAUCUGUAAGAAUAGUCCAGAUGCAGUUGUUGUUGGGCGCUUGGGUAUCAGACUGAGCUGGGAAGCAGGUAGUGUUGAGGAUACUGUCACCACUCUUGCCGAAGAAUGGUAUCCUCGUCUAGUUCAAGGAGAGAACUUCAAAGAGGGUAUCAAAGCCUUUGCAGAGAAGAGGUCGCCAGUCUGGGUGAGCUCGAAGUUGUAAUUAUAGAAGACCGGUCACUUCGAGCAGCACUUUGGGAUGUGCCCUCAUUGAUCGUCGCGUGCGUUGCUUGAAUACUGUGUGCAUUGCAAGAGCCAUAUAGAGUAGCAAGCCAUAGUUUCAUACGACACAACUCACGAAAUGUUCUAGCAACAUAAUGAUCUGUUGGCCUUGUCGUACGAGAAAACUCCUGCCUCCAAACCCC